GCCCGCCAGCCGCUGCUGCACCGCUCACCAUGGGCCCGGGCGCCCGGCUGCUGCUGCCGCUCGCGCUGUGCGUGGGGCUCGGCGAGCUGGUGCUUCCCGCGGGGGCCUCGGGCGUACGCCGGCGAGGGCCCUCGGUGACGGCCAAGGUCUUCUUUGAUGUGAGGAUUGGAGACAAAGAUGUCGGCAGAAUUGUGAUUGGUCUUUUUGGAAAAGUCGUGCCCAAGACGGUGGAGAAUUUCAUUGCCCUGGCCACAGGAGAGGCAGGAUAUGGCUACAAGGGAAGCAGCUUUCAUCGCGUCAUCAAGGACUUCAUGAUCCAAGGAGGGGACUUCACGGCGGGGGACGGCACUGGCGGAGUGAGCAUCUACGGCGAGACGUUCCCGGAUGAGAACUUCAAGCUGAAGCACUACGGCAUCGGCUGGGUGAGCAUGGCCAAUGCCGGGCCCGACACCAAUGGCUCCCAGUUCUUCAUCACGCUGACCAAGCCCACGUGGUUGGACGGCAAGCACGUGGUCUUCGGGAAAGUCAUUGAUGGGAUGACCGUGGUGCACUCCAUAGAGCUGCAAGCCACCGACAGCCACGACCGCCCGCUCACCAACUGCUCCAUCGUCAACAGUGGCAAGAUCGACGUGAAAACGCCCUUCGUGGUGGAGGUUGCUGACUGGUGACAGCCGAGAGGGGACAGGGAACACAGCCUGGUGCAGUUGUGGGUGUCUGUGUGUGCGUGCACACAUUUGUCUGUGGAGUCUUCAGUUACUGUUUUUUUUUUUUUUUUUUUAAACCUAAUUUCCCACCCCAGAUCACAGCAAAGAUUUGAAAAAUCAAGCACUCAGAAUUUAGUUUGCAUGAGUUUGGUCAGUCACUUACUAAGGCACUUUGAACUUAAAAGACAUACACUCUUCUUCCAGUGGUGCUAUUUUUAAACUCAUUAGAAUAUGUUGUUGGCUAUUUCUUUUUAAGAACUUAAUCAUCCUCUACCCCACCCCCAGUGCAUCAUUAUCUCCAUGUUGGGCAAUACUAAAGUUCUGUCCGAAAAAGAGGCUCUAAAGUUUAAUAGUUUAUAUUCAAACAAAUUAUUUUUCAUGUGAAGGGAAACUGAUAGUAUGACCUGAUGUAUACUACAGGGAUUUUUAUGUGAUAAACGGUGCUUUUGUAUUCUCUAUAAUAAAUACUUCUCCUGCGAA